GUCGUCCUCUGCGCUCAGGGCGUUGGCAACCUUCGCAAGCAUCGGAACCAGGUUCUGAGGCAGAGAAUGAACAGAGCAUAUGAAUGGGGGAUGAACAGGAAACGCUUUUAAUAGGAAGACUUUGAGCCCAGAGACCCUCCCCAAAUCGCCUGUCUGUUACGGUGUGUGCGUUUGCCAGUUUGUCUUGAAUACAGGACACCUCCACAGGUUCUACACAGACACACUGGUGUUUGUGUGGGAUUCUUAUUUCUCUUGCAACUCACAGCCUCAGAUAUGAGGGCCUGCUUAGUUUUCAUCUGCUUACUGGCAGUCACAUUUGCCCUGUCUGUAAAAAACAAACAUCAUGGAAAACAUCACAGAUUGCGUAAGGCUUCACAUGCCACCAAAGAACAGGACAUCGUCACAGAGGAGACCAACAAGCCACAGCUCUUACCCACUUUAAGUCCACUUGAGCCCACAACCCACAAGCAGGAAACUCAGGAGCAGCGCUCUGAGGGCAACGCUAACACUAACAAGGAGGACGGAGAGUUGGAGGGGACUGAAAGAGGAGAUGAAAGCCCUGCGGUUCUGAUGAGCGAGGAGGAGCUGGUGGAGGUACUAAGGAAAGAGGCAGAGGAGGAGGAAGAAGUGGAGAGAAGGGAGCUGAAAGAAGGAGAGGACGAGGCCCACAGGUCCACGCUGGAGACCGCGAGGGGCGAUGAGUAUGAGGAGGCUGAGGGGGAGCAGAAGAAGAGAGAAGAGGAGGAGGUAGCACAUGAGGAGGAGACGAUGGAGGAGAGUGUGGUGGGUAAAGUGGAGGAGGAGGUCGAGAAGGUGCCCCAAGGUGACCCGAUGACCAGUGUGGCCCAGCUGGAGGAGACAGGCAGCACGGAGUCAGAGAUCCCAGGAGAUGUGGACUACGCUGCUGACACUGAGGUUUUACAGCCUGCUGAAGGGAAAUCCCACAUCGAUGACACCCAGUAUGUCUUGAAGACAGACGUUGCAGAUGUUAAGGAGAAGGAAGAUAGUGAAAAAGAGCUUCUCCCGGUAUCUGAUGACUAUGAUCAAGAUGUACAAAACACUGAGGCAGCGGACAGCGAUGGGGAUGCGUCUGAUGAGGAGAGGCUUCAAGAGGACAAAGAGUCGCAGGCCAAACGCAAAGACGUGAGCGAGGACGUGGACGCUCCAGAAGCGAAGGGCAACACCGAGCGUGACUCAGGAAGGGAGGGAGAAAGCGCCAAGAUGGACGGCGAGGGGAAGACGAGGAAGCAAAAGAAGAACCAGAGGGCGAAGAAUCGCUCGCCGCAGAGGGAGGUGGCGCAACCUGGGCCGGAUCAGAACCAGCAGGAGCCUCAGGACUCCCACAAUACAGUUCACAAGGCCAAGAGGAGGCGGGCGGGAAAAUGGGGCCCUUUGGUGGGAAUGAACCCAGUGCAGAUCAGAUCCACAGUGGAGCUCUACCCCAGUUCCAGGCCCUCUCCUGGUGGAGGCACUCAUGACCCAGAAGCCCCUGCUGAUCCCUGUGAGGAUUUCCACUGCAAACGUGGAAAGAUGUGCAAACUCGACGCCGACAACAAGCCCGGCUGCGUGUGUCAGGAGGCGUCGGCGUGUCCGCCCAGCGUCAAUGAGUUUGAGCACGUGUGCGGCACCGACAACAGGACCUACGACACGUCGUGCCAGCUCUUUGCCACCAAAUGCAGCCUGGAGGGAACCAAGAAGGGCCACAGGCUCCACCUGGACUACACGGGGCCGUGCAAACUGAUACCGGCGUGCGUGGACACGGAGCUGGUCCAGUUUCCGCUGCGGAUGAGGGACUGGCUGAAAAACGUGCUGCUGCAGCUCUACGAGCACGACUCCGCGUCGCCGGGCUACCUCACGCCCAAGCAGCGCUUCCGGGUGACGAAGAUCUUCGAGAGCGAGCGGCGCCUGCACGCGGGCGAUCACCCCGUCGAGCUGCUCGCGCAGGACUUUGAGAAGAACUACAACAUGUACAUCUACCCGGUGCACUGGCAGUUUGCCCAGCUGGACCAACACCCCUCUGACAGGCUGCUGUCCCACUCAGAGCUGGCCCCGCUCAGGGUUCCUCUGGUGCCGAUGGAGCACUGCACCUCACGCUUCUUCCAGGUGUGCGACGCUGACAAGGACAAGCAGGUGUCCUUUAAAGAGUGGACUUCCUGUUUUGGCAUCAAACAUGAGGACAUGGACGUCAACCUGCUCUUCUGAGCUUCCUGUUGGACCUCAUCCAGACAGAGGUGCCAUCAACCUCAGGAUCAUAUGAAUUCCUGAGCAGUGCAGAUGAAAGGGAUUCAUAUCACCUCCCUUUAUAAAGGACAAAUAUCAAUGUGUCAGUCAUUGCUUGGACAUCUGGACUUUUUAUUAACUAACUAACUCAGACACAGCUACAGGAAUAUGUUUAUUACAACGUAAAAGAGUUACAUUUGUUUUUCCCUCAGACUGUUUUCUAAUACAUGCCAGUGUAGAUACGAGGGUAGAUUAUAGAAAGCUAUACAGAAUGAUUUAGUGCAGAGUUACUCUUUAAAUCACACGUAACCUGUUUUUUCAGACCUUUGCGUUAACUAGUUGUAAAUGUUUGAAUCUGUGUUUUAAUUUUUCAUUGUUAGCUCUGACUGACUUCAGGAUGGCAAAGAAUUUAUGAUGUCGUCAUGUAGAACAUUUCAGUGUAGCCUGUUGUGAUCUGUGAUUUGAUGGUUUGUAUUCAUUUUCAAUCCUAAAAUAAAAAUUAUUGCAUCAUGA